AUCCGUUCUUCAAGCCUGCCCAAGCUCGGACAAAAGCACAUCCCAAUCGCCCAUCAUGAUACAACGAAUUCUCCUACGAGCAGCGCAGCGCAGAAUCCCAAACAUCCACACCUUCCGCCCUCGACGCUUCGCAACACAACCCACACCACCACCAACCUCCGCCUCCCGCAUCGACCGCUUCAACCGCCGCCUCCCCAAAUUCCUGCACAAAUACACCUCCGCGCUCGCCACCGCGCCCCUCUCGCACAUAACCUCCUUCCUGAUCCUGCACGAACUCACCGCCAUAGUCCCGCUACUCGGCCUCGCAGCCACGUUCCACUACACGCACUGGCUGCCCUCCUGGUUCGCCGAGGGCGCAUGGGUGCUCGCCGGCGUCGAGCGGUUCGGGGCGUACUUCAAACGCAAAGGCUGGGUCCGGAGCGAGGACGUCGCCGAGGCGGAAGUCGAGGUUGAGAUGCGGAGGCGGGAUCGGGUGUGGAAUUUGGGAGAGGGUGGGGCGAGAGUGUUGGUUGAAUUUGCGACGGCGUAUACGAUUACGAAGGCGUUGCUGCCGGUCAGGAUUAUGUUUAGUGUUUGGGGCACUCCGGGGUUUGCGAGGUGGGCGGUUCUUCCGGUGAUUAGGAGGUUCAAGACCAUGUUUGGAAGGGGGAAGAAGCCGGACGUUAAGAAGGCGGCGGGCACUGGAGCUCUUGAAGGUGGUGCGGUGCCAUUGAAGGCCGCUGAGAAAGCUACGAAGAGUUGAGGAAGGAUGAUUCCAUAAGCUGCAGCAUUGUUGAGUGAUGGAAGCGCUCCAGAUCUCGUUCGAACAGUGUUACAGCUGAGGCACAUUCGAUUCAGCAAGAUUCAGCAAAAGAAGAAACAGGCCCUGCAAAAGCGGUAGCUCGCAAAAGACAAUGGAAGCUUGGAUAGCCGCACUCAAGUGUCCACGUGCGCGUACAGUGGAGAGCAAGGCACUUGUGGUGAAGGGUCUUCCUCGGACGAUAGUAC